AUGCUGGUCUCCCUGACUGUUGGCAAGGUGGACGCAGGCGUCGCAGUCCUCUUGACCCAGGACAACCGCCUGAUUGAAUUCCCCUCGGUCCUUCUUCCCAACGGUAUCUCCUCUGGCAGCAUUGUUGACAUUACUGUUGCGCGCAACCAUGCGGCUGAGACAGCCAACGCCUCCGCCUUCCACUCUCUCCAGAAGCGCAUCCUGAAUACCUACGGUGUCAAAUCCCCCUCUGCUCCAAUCCUGCGUCUCCGAAAUGCCACUCAGACCUCCCUUGUUCUCGAAUGGGAUCCCAUCGACUUGGCAACCGCCUCUCUGAAAUCGCUCUCCCUAUACCGCAACGGCUCCAAGGCGGGCUCGAUACCCCGCCCCCUCGAGACGCGCAGCACCAAGAUCAGCGGCCUGGCUGUUCACCAUGAGUACACAUUCCACCUCGUCUUGCGCACAACGGCCGGCACCUACCAGUCGGAGAAAUUGACGUGCCGGACGCACAAGAUGACCGAUCUGUCCGGUAUAACUGUCACCGCUGGUGUUCUCGACCCGCAGCGUAAGGAGGCCCUUGGACUUGCAUUGGAUCGCAUUGGAGGCAAAAUGAUUGACUCUGUUCGCAUUGAUACCACCCACUUUGUCUGCGCGGAGGGGCGCGGCCCGCUCUGGGAGAAGGCCGUGGAGAUGAACAUCCCAGUCGUGGUACCUGAGUGGGUGGAUGCGUGCGAGUCUGAGGGAACAAUUGUGGGCGUGCGUGAUUACUAUCUGAAUGCGGACCCUAAAGCGCGCAAGCUGGGUACACUUCACGGCUCUUCUCACCAACGAACCACCUCGACCUUGUCUGCAUCGUCCAAUGUCAACCAGGGCCGGCCUAGUCCCCAGCCACCGAUUAGUGAAGAAGAUCCCGCCGCAGCUGAACCACCUCUCACACCGUUCCCGGGUGGUGAGAUGAGCAUCCAGCCGCAAGCUCAAGCUCAGGAAGUUGGAACGGAAGACGAGGAGGAAACGCCUCCACCUCCACCUCCGAAGGACGAGUCCGAUAGCGCAGAUGAGCCUGUGCAACUGAAUGGAGACGCGGAAGAUGUAGAUGGAUCAGACGAGAUAGAAGAAGAGACAGGCAAAGAGAGUACUCUUCCACAGCAUAUGCCCGAGGGAGACUCUGAGCCUACAAGUAAUGAUGAGCACGACAAGGGCAAGGGCAAAGAGGGCGAAGGAGACUUCAACGAAGUCCCACUCUAG